AUGACUUCUUUGAAGUUGAUGUUUUUCAUGUUUUUCUUCUUCAUCGUGUCUACAUUGGCUACUGCUUCAUCAUCAGCGUAUUUGGAAGUUGGUUUCUACACAAAGAGUUGUCCGUCGGCUGAAGCAAUUGUGAGGAGAGCUGUGAAGAAAGCUGUAUCAUACAACCCCGGCAUAGCGGCAGGCCUCAUCAGAAUGCACUUUCAUGAUUGUUUUGUUAGGGGUUGUGAUGCUUCAGUUCUCCUUGAUUCAACACCAAAGAAUCGUGCAGAGAAAGACCAUCCAACUAUUAACAAAAGCUUGCGCGGUUUUGAGGUGAUUGAUGAGGCAAAGGCUGAGAUAGAAGCUGCAUGUCCAAAAACAGUCUCAUGCGCUGACAUACUCACAUUUGCAGCUCGUGAUAGUGCCUUCCUAGUCGGAGGCAUCAAUUAUGAAGUUCCAGCAGGUCGCCGUGAUGGAAAAAUAUCCAAAAUAGAUGACCCCCUUGGCAAUCUUCCAACAGGUUUUUUCAAUGUCACACAACUUGAACAUAACUUUGCAAGAAAAGGGCUUUCUACGGAAGACAUGGUGACCCUUUCCGGGGCACAUUCGAUUGGAUUGGCACGUUGUCCCUCGUUUUCGAACCGAAUUUUCUCCUUCAACUCCACUCAAUCACAAGAUCCUUCACUGGCACCUCAAUUUGCAGAACAGUUGAAGAAGAAGUGUCCCAUCCAAUCCAAGAAAGGAGCUAGUGGAGGUAACAGAAUUACCAGUACUGCUGUGCCCCUGGAUGUUCUUACACCAAACAGAUUGGACAACAAGUACUACGUUAAUUUGAUCAAUCAUCGGGGUUUGCUGACAUCUGACCAGACGCUAAUGAGCAGUCCUGCAACAGCAAAGCUAGUCAAGAAAUAUGCCAAAAAUGGUUCAGCAUGGCCCCAGGAGUUUGCAGCUGCAAUGGUGCGCAUGGGUUCGAUUGAAGUUCUCGCGGGUUACCAUGGUGAGAUCAGGACCAACUGUAGGGUUGUGAACUAUAAGUAG